AGGAGGGCGCGACCAUUUCUGGGCAACGUGGGGGGGGGGCCAAGGAAGGGUUCCCUUGGAAAUGGGAUUUCUUUGGGAAUGUGGAGGCCCUUGGGAAUGGGGGAAUCCUCUGAACUGAGGGAUUGGCACUGAGGGGACCCUUGGCAAAGGCGGGGGAGUGAUAUUCAAAGGGAUUUGGCACUGCGGGGGACCUUUGGCUUUGAGGGGAGCUUGGGAAUGGAGGCUCCUUUGGCAUUGGGGGCACCAUUGGGAAUGGGGGAAUCCUUGGAAUUGGGGGGGUUGGGAAUGAGGGCACCCUCGGGAAUGAGGGGGGAUUUGGUAUUAAAGGGGUUUUUGGCACUGCGGGGGAGCUUGGACAUUGAGGGGACCUUGGGAAUGGGGGCUCCUUCGGCGUGAGGGGACCCUUGGAAAAGGGGGAAUCCUUGGAAUUGAGGGAUUGGAAAUGAGGGGUUACAGGAUGGGGGAGUGAACAGGGGGCCUCUUGGCUGAGAAGGGGUUAAAAGGGAAUUCCUUGGGAAUGGGGGAAUCCUUGGGACCCUUUGGACCCUUUGAGGGGACCCUUGGGAAUGGGGGACUCCUUGGGAUUUGAGGGGACUCUUGGGAUUUGAGGGGACCCUUGGGAAUGGGGGAAUCCUUGGGAUUUGAGGGAAUCCUUGGGGUUUGAGGUGACCCUUGGGAAUGGAGGAAUCCUUGGGAUUUGAGGGUUUGCCUAAGGGGUAACCCUUGGUAACGGGGUGGGGGAGUGAGUGACUCUUGGCUGAGAAGGGGUUGAAAGGGAAUUCCUUGGGAAUGAGGGAAUCCUUGGAAUUGGGGCAUUGGCACCGAGGGGGCUUUGGGAAUGGGGGGGUUUGGAAAUGAAGGGACCCUCUGGAUGAGGUCGGUGCAUCCAUGUGGGAAAAGGGUUUGGGAAGGGCGUUCUGGGGGGAAAACCAGGAGCAGCUCCAGCUUCCUCCCAAAUAUUUUUCAUCCCUCUGGAGCUUCUCCCUCCACCCUCUGAUCCUGUGACUUCCCAGCUGGAAUGUCGUGUCCUGGCUGACACUGAAAGCCAUCUGGGAAAAACAGGGAUGCAGGGAUGCGGGGCUCCAGGAGGAGGCGGCUCACGGCCCCCGAGUGCGCGGCCCUGGCCCUGAGCCCCGAGGGCUCGGCCCCCCUGCGGCAGCCCCUGGGCCUGGGAGGAGGAGGAGGAGGGACAGCCCGGGGCCUUCGUCCCACCCACGGGACACCGCGACACCCCGGAGCACCAGGCCAGCAGAGGAAGAUCUCGGAUUUCCUCACGAUCGCAAAGGCGCCACAAGCAGGAACUGCUGGGAUGCCGAGCUGUGGGAUCAAGGAAGAGCCACUGGAUCCCUUUUUCCCUGGACCUCCUGGCUCCUUCAGCACCCCCUCCCUUUCCCUGCAUCCCCAGGACUUGGUGCCACCUCCCAGGGGACAUUCCAGCAAAAGAGGAAUUCCCAAACCAGAGCCACUGGAUCCCUUUUUCCCUGGACCUCCUGAUUCCUUCAGCAACUCCUCCCUUUCCUUGCAUGCCCAGGACUUGGUGCCACCUCCCGGGGGACAUUCCAGGAAAAGAGGAAUUCCCAAACCAGAGCAGGAUCUCUGGGAGGAACCUGAGGAGAAAAUUCCAGUGCUCAGUGGGAUCAAGCAGGAAUGGGAAGAGCUGGAAGUGGAGCCCCUUCCCGAUUCCCACUACGGGCUCCUGGGCACUCGGAGCUGGCAGGUUCCUCAGGGAUCCAUGAAUGAUCUUCCUCCUGAAAUCCUCAGGAAUAUUUUUGCUUUCCUGCCAGUGCUGGAUCUGUACCAGAGCCUGAGCCUGGUGUGUCGCUCCUGGAGGGAGAUAAUCCAGGAUCCACGGUUUAUCCCUUGGAAAAAGCUCCACCAGCAGUACCUGAAGAGGGAGGACUCAGCCCUGCAGAGGGUGGAGCAGAUCCUGCAGGAAUUCUCCAUAACCAAGGAGCAGCAGGGCUGUGUGCUGGGGCUGCUCAGGUUGGUGGCAUCCACGGGAGCCAAGGUGGAUCCCAGCGCGUUUCUCCGGGUUUUGGGAAGUCAUCCCCUCUUCCCAAAGGCUCAAAUCUGUGUCCUCAACAAAUUCCCAGAUUUAAAGAGCAAGCCUGGGCCUGAGAAGAUGUGGGCCAUCUUUGCUGUCAUGGUGCUGUUCUCUGAUGGUGUUGGUGACAUCCAGAGGCUGCUGGAACGUUUCCGGAGCCCCCGCUCGGAGCUGGCCGUGCUGGAGGUCACCGAGGUGCUCCACUGCAUGGCCACGCUGCUCCUGGCCAUGAGGAACAAGGGCAUUCCCAUCUCCAACAGGAUUCACUACAAUAUUUUCUACUAUUUGUAUCUGAUGGAAAAUGCCUCUGGAGUUGUGCAGCCUCUGGAAGAGGGAAGAAUGGAUUUGUGUCCCAGUGGAUGGGGUGAUGUCAAACUCACCCAUGAACAGCAGAGGAUUUUGAGUCACAAAAUUGAGCCUGGCCAAACAGUGAAAAUAAUGGCAUUUGCAGGCACAGGGAAAACCUCAACCUUGGUCAAGUACGCAGAGAAAUUCUCGGAGCUGAAAUUCCUUUACCUGACUUUCAACAAAGCUGUGGCAGAGAAGGGGAAAAAGGUUUUUCCAAGGAAUGUCACCUGCAAGACCUUCCACUCCUUGGCCUUUGGAAGCAUUGGGAGACACUACAAAGAGAAAGGCAAGCUGAACUUCUCCAAGCUGUCAGUUUAUUCCAUCAGCUUCCUCCUCCGGAACAGGAAGGGCCAAUCCCUGUUUGUAAGAGGGAAAACAGUGUCCCAAACCUUGGAAAACUUCUUCUCCUCCUCAGAUGAGGAGAUCUGUGAGGAGCACACGCCCCUGUGGUUCAAAAACACUCAUGGACAGAUGGAGCAAGUGAGCCAAGAGGAAAAGAGAAUCAAUGUGGAAGAGGCCAAAGAGAUUUGGCACAACAUGAAGAAGCUGGAUGGAGAUGCAGAGAAGAAAUACAAGAUGACUUGUGAUGGAUAUUUGAAACUUUGGCAGCUCAGCAAGCCCCAGCUCUCAGGAUACGAUGCCAUUUUUGUGGAUGAAGCCCAGGAUUGCACUCCAGCCAUCGUGGAUAUCGUGCAAUCCCAAAAAUGUGGGAAAAUCCUGGUGGGAGACCCCCACCAGCAGAUCUACACCUUCCGAGGGGCCGUCAACACCCUCUACCUGGUGCCUCACACCCACAUGUACUACCUGACCCAGAGUUUCAGGUUCGGCCCCGAGAUCGCCUACGUGGGAGCCACGAUCCUGGAUGUGUGCAAGGGGAUCCGCAGCAAAACCCUGCUGGGAGGAAACCAGGAGGGGGACGUGCGGGGAGGCCGGCAGGGGAAGGUGGCGCUGCUGUCCCGGAGCAACUGGAACGUGUUUGAGGACGCCGUGGAAUUCUCUGGAAGAGACCCCCCGGCCAAAAUCCACGUCAUUGGGGGAUUGGAGAGAUUUGGCCUGAGCAGAAUUUAUGACAUUUGGAAGCUCAGCCUGCCUGCAGAUGUCAGGAAGAACUCAAAGCUCGUGAUCGAGGAUUCCUUCAUCAGAAGGUGGGAGGAGUCCGAGGGCUUGCCGGGCCUGAAGGAAUUCGCGGCGCGCGUCGACGACAGGGACCUGGAGGUGAAGAUUUCCAUCGUGGAGAAAUACAGGGAGAGGAUCCCGGGGCUGGUGACCAGGAUCCAGGGCAGCCACGUGUCCCAGGAGUCCCUGGCAGAUUUUCUCAUCGGGACCGUGCACCAAGCCAAGGGCCUGGAAUUCGACACCGUUUGCGUCGCGGAUGAUUUUGUGCAAAUCCCUUCUGUCAGUGGGGACUUCCUGAGGAGGAUGAACAUUGCUCUUGCCAGGACCCCUCAGGAUGAGUGGAACCUGCUCUACGUGGCCGUGACCAGAGCCAAGAAGUGCCUGCUGAUGUCCAAAUCCCUGGAAAACCUUUUAUCUCUGGCUGGAGUAAGUGAAACCUUCCCAGGGCAGGGGAAUCCUGCUAGCGACGGCAGCCAGGAUCCAGGGGGAUUCCUUUGCCAGGCUUGCACCUGGCUGUUCUUUGGCUCCCUGACUCCUCUCACCUCUUUCUCAACAAUCCAGUAGGAGCCCAUCCAGCUCUAACAAAGCCCUCCAGCUUCCCAGAGCUAAACUGGAUGUGGGACAAAUCCUCUUGGCACAUCCCAGCUCGAAAAUCAGGUGGAUGUUGGAGCAGGAUUUCAGCCCAGCUCCAAAUUCCAGGUGGAUGUUGGAGCAGGAUUUCAGCCCAGCUCCAAAUUCCAGGUGGAUGUUGGAGCAGGAUUUCAGCCCAGCUCCAAAUUCCAGGUGGAUGUUGGAGCAGGAUUUCAGCCCAGCUCCAAAUUCCAGGUGGAUGUUGGAGCAGGAUUUCAGCCCAGCUCCAAAUUCCAGGUGGAUGUUGGAGCAGGAUGUUCCCAGCCCCACAGGAACUUCCAGGCUCUCUGGGGACAAUGUGAUGCCUUUCCUCCAGCCCUGCCUCAUCCUCCAGGAGCUGGGAAUGGAAUAUCCAGAGGAAUCUGCACUUUAGGAGUGGAUCACACAGAGCAGGGUUCAUUUUGGAACCGUCUUGCCCCUGUCACCAGUGUCCAAAUUUCCUGAACAUCUCAUCAUUCCUGGAAAUCCCUCUGACCCACUGGAAGAAGAGGAAACACAAUGCUGGAAAGUGUCCAAAGAAAAUUAAUUUCUUUAAAAUGAACUGUUCCUGUCCAGCUGUGGGAGGAAAUAAUAAAUCUCUGCCAGUGAAUUCUUUUUCCAUCUUUGCAGCUGAGGGGUUCCCCUGAAUUCUUUCCCCUCUCCCUGCAGCCAACCAGGAAGAAAGAAAUGAAGCAGCAGCAGAAAAAUUCCUUCAGUUUGGUUCCAGCCAAACUCAGGGACAAACUGGAGAAGGAUUUCCAAUCCUCAAAUUAAAUAUGUAGCCAAAAAAAGCCUUAACACUUCCUUUGUGUCUCGUCCCUGCCCUUAAAUACUUUUUAUUUCCCAGGAAUGCUCAGGUGGAUCACGCUCUCCGUGCCCUGUGCUGCAAUUCCAGAGCCUGUGCCAUGGGAAAUCAAAACUGAAAGCGGUUUAAGGAAUCUGCCCUUGGACACAGCCUGGAGCUGUGGGCUGUGCCUGCUGCAGGAAUCUCAGACAUCCAUUUUUUCCAUUCAUGGAGCUGCUUCCCUCCCUCUCCUUUCACUUUCAAAGCUGACUCCAGGAAAACAUUCCCAGCCUGGGAAUCCUGGGAAUCAGGCACCUGCUGCUCCCUCCCAGCCUCUCCUGCUUCCUGAGCAUCCCAGCAGGGAUGUGCCCAGUGCUGUGCCUGUCACACAUCCCUGGAUCAGAGGCACAAACAGGUCAAGAGCAGCCAGGAAAAGCCAUGGAAUUUCAGCUGUUGGAUCCCUGCAGCCUCCCAAGCUUUUGAGCAGCUCUGGAGGAUGGGAAUGAACCCCUUAUUUCCGUGGUGUCUGAUGGGGAUCUCCUUGGUGCUGUGGGGAUGGAUUCAUCCCAAUCCAGUCCUUCCCAUCCAGUUAAGAACCCACUGCUC